AUGGCGCCCGAAAAGAAUGGAAGAGUCGUCUUCAUUGGCAACAUCCCUUACGAACAAAUCAUCGACACAUUUGGAAGAGUCGGCUCGGUGAACAACUUCAGACUGGUACACGACAAGGAGACUGGUAGACCAAAGGGCUUUGGUUUCCUCGAGUUUGCAGACCCAGAUGCUGCUGCCUCGGCGGUGCGCAACCUCAAUGACCACGAAAUCAUGGGUCGCAAGUUGCGCGUCGACUGGUCCAACGACAACAGUGGAGGCGGCGGCAACAACGACAACUCCAACAACAACAGCAACAACAGCAUGCAGCAAUCACACACUGGCGACAGCUCAAACCAGCAGCCUCCGAUGCUUCCUCCUCUCCCGCCUGGCACCGACUUGCCCGCAGGUCUGACAUGUCCUGAUGCCAUCUCCAAAACACUCAGUGCCAUCCCGGCUCCUCAAUUGCUUGAUAUCAUCUCGCAAAUGAAGGGUCUGGUCAUGUCGGAUCCCAACCAAGCAACAGAGCUUUUGCGCCAAGCUCCCCAACUCGCCUACGCCAUCUUCCAGGCACUUCUGCUCUUGGGCCUGGUAGACACGAGCAUGCUCAGCAGCAUUGUCCAGGCCUCCGCUCCUCAAAACCCACAAUUUCCUGCCGCCGCACCUGUUCCUCCACCACCAAUGCCCCAGCCUCCUCAGGCCGCGUACGCUCCCACCCCUCAGCCUGGCUACCCAGGAUACCCUCAGCAGCAUUACCAACAAGCUACACCGCCGGUCCAACAGCCUGCUUUCGCUCCACCACCACCCCCUCAACAGGCCGCUGCAGCUAGCCAGCAGGAUCUGAUUGCUCAGGUUUUGUCUAUGACGAUUGACCAGAUCAACCAACUCGACCCUGUGUCACGCCAACAAAUCAUUGCUCUGCGCGCUCAGCUCGGUGCGCCUGUUGCUUGA